CGUGGAUUAGCCUAAGUCCUAUUAGUAGUUAGACCCGGAUGUGAGAAGACAUGGACGCUACGACUUCGGAACGCGCUGUCGGCCCCAUUUCCGAAGGACCACUAAAACUACUCCAUCCAAUUAAAUUUUCCUGCGACGUCCUCUGCUGCGCUCUCGCACAAGACCAAAGCUACCUAGCCGUUGGCGGCGCUGAUGGACAAAUCAGGCUGUUUGUGGUCGAAACGGGUGCGCUCGUCAAUUGCCUGUCAAGUCCGGAUGACAAACAGUACGGCUGUGUCACUUCACUACAGUUCCGCAACAAGUCUCACGUUUUGUUGGCAACAUACUCUGGCGGAUUUGUGGUGCACUGGCAGUAUAAUUCCGGUCGAAUACUGCACGAACUGAAGGAAGAUAGGCAGACUUCGUGUGCAGCUUUCAGUCCUGAUGCGACGCAUUUCGCUACAGUUGGCUCAGAAUCCUACGUUGCUAUCUACAAUGAAGCUACCGGGGCACUCGUUCGUAAGCUAGACGCCAGCCCAAGUCUGACAACUAUGGAUGGUCAUCGAAGGAGAGUGUUUGCUGUCAAGUAUCAUCCCACCAGACCAGAUUUGUUGGUGUCAUCUGGAUGGGAUGACACAGUUCAGUUCUGGGAUGUGAAAUCUAUGACUGCUGUCAGGCACAUAUUUGGUGUUCACGUGUGCGGAGAAUCUCUUGACAUUGAACCUGAGAAGAACAAACUCUUAGUGGGAUCUUGGAGAUGGAAUGACAGUCUUCAAGUGUAUGACUUUGAUACAACGAAACUGAUAAAGACAUUUCCACUUGACAAAGGCAGGCACUCACAGUUGUAUUGUGCGAAAUGGCUGGAUCAGGGUAUGAUAGCUUGUGGAGGAGGAACAGAUAACAUGGCACGAAUCAUCCAGACACACAACGACCAGACACAAGCGCGUGUAAUCAAGGUGCCCAACGCUGUAGUUAGUCAAGACUACAAGAUGCUAGCAUCCGGACACCGAAUCUACGUAGUUACUGCUGGAUGUAUGUGCUUUGUAUAUCAGCACAGCUUUUCUAAACUGAUAGAAGCCGAGGAGUAGGCAAGCUGACCAAAGAGACGAUUGUGUUUUUAAAGUUUAUGUUCCUGAAACGUUGUAACAGACUCAUAAGUUAAUAAUUUACUGGUUACGCGUAGAUAUGUGAUUUGACCUCCGAUCCUAAUAUGUUAAGUUAAACAACAGGUUUUUAUGAUUGUAGUGUAUAUGAGGUCUAUAAUGUAUCUAAUUAUAGUGUGUGCUUUCACGAGCUCAAACUUCAA